ACUUCUAGCUUGUAUGCUUGUCUCUUCUCGGGGAGAGCGACAGCUCGCUAACCGGUGACGCCCUUGCUUGAUUUCAGGGAAUUAGUCAUCUCAUCGAGCGGAAACAGAUUUUCUAUUAACUGUACAGGAAGAUAAAAUCAAAAGAAUUGAAAGUUUUCAUUAAAUUGUUGUGUAAAUUCUGAGUACAAUAAAAAUGGAUGAUCAGGGGCGAAAAGUCAUAGUGUGUGACAAUGGAACGGGGUUCGUCAAAUGCGGUUAUGCUGGUGCUAAUUUUCCAGCUCAUAUAUUUCCUUCGAUUGUGGGCCGACCGAUUAUUAGUGCUGUCAAAAAAAUCGGUGAUAUUGACGUCAAAGACGUGCAUAACAUGCCUGACUUGAUGGUGGGAGAUGAGGCAAGUAAACUACGUUCCAUGCUGGAAAUCAGCUAUCCAAUGCGAAAUGGGAUUGUGAGGAAUUGGGACGAUAUGUGUCAUGUUUGGGAUUACACAUUUGGAAAAGAAAAAAUGAAUAUUAAUCCUCGUGAGUGCAAAAUUCUUCUAACAGAACCACCAAUGAAUCCACGUGCCAACAGAAAAAAAAUGAUCGAGGUGAUGUUUGAAAAAUACGGAUUUGCCGGAACUUAUGUCGCAAUACAAGCAGUUUUAACACUUUAUGCCCAAGGAUUAAUCAGCGGCGUUGUGAUAGACUCGGGGGAUGGAGUAACUCACAUAUGUCCUGUUUAUGAAGAAUAUUCUUUGCCCCACCUCACAAGAAGAUUGGACAUAGCAGGACGCGACAUCACCAUGUAUCUUAUCAAACUACUGCUUUUGCGUGGUUAUGCUUUCAACCAUUCGGCUGAUUUCGAAACUGUUCGUAUGAUGAAAGAAAAACUUUGUUACGUCAGUUACAACAUUGAGACUGAGGCAAAAUUGUCUCGUGAAACAACAGUACUCGUUGAAUCAUAUACGCUCCCAGAUGGUCGAGUCAUCAAAGUAGGUCGUGAAAGAUUUACUGCUCCCGAAGCACUGUUUCAACCUCAUCUCAUCAAUGUCGAGGCUCAAGGCAUCGCCGAAUUGGUUUUUAACACUAUACAGUCCGCCGACAUCGAUAUGAGAAGCGAAUUGUACAAACAUAUUGUUCUCAGCGGAGGCAGCACCAUGUAUCCUGGUUUGCCAUCGAGACUCGAACGUGAAAUCAAACAAUUGUACCUUCAGCGUGUCCUGAAAAACGAUGUUUCGAAGCUAGGAAAAUUCAAAAUCAAAAUCGAAGAUUCACCGAGACGCAAAGACAUGGUUUUUAUGGGAGGUGCUGUAUUGGCCGAGCUCACAAGGAAUCGGGAUUCGUUUUGGAUAAUGAGAGAAGAGUACGAAGAGAAGGGGGUAGAAGUGAUUGAAAAAUUGACUAAGUACGUCGCGAACUGAUGAAAUUUUACGUCGGUAAAAGAAUUUUGAUAUCUGCACACUUACAACAAAAAGGCGAACACUCGACCAUCCACGUGAGAGCGUACUAUUCCGAAACGAUGAGAGAGACGAUAAAAUUUCCUCGUUCGAAUGCGAUCCACGCGUUCGAAUCUUAGUUAGGUACUAAUGUAGUCACGCCUUACGAGCUCCCAUGUAAAUACGAACUGAAAAUAUCCGCGGACGGUUGUCGAAAUAAGAGAUAUUACAAUUCAGUCUACGGAUUUAUUGUUUUUCCUUUCGUACGAGGCUUGACCGAACCUCGAAAAAAAGUAAUUUUUCAACGGAAUUUGAGCGGUUGGCUUCGGUAGAAAUAACGGCUCGAGAGUAAUACGAAAGAAAAAAAAGACAAACUUUUAUCGUAGCUAUUUACUCAAUGUAUCCAAAACGAGAACAGAUAAAAAUCGACGAAUUCACACGUUGUUACGACUAUUUACUCGAUUUUUCCCGAGAUUGCAUUUAAAUUUGUUAUUACAAAGGUGUAAAUAAUCCAAAGUCAAUAGACAAUUUUUUUUACGUUUUUCUGUUCAACAAUAGAUUCAGAGUUUUAACAAAAUUUGUAAAAAAACAAAAAACAAAAAACAAAAGAAUAGAAAUAAACGAAAAGAAAAAAAGGAUGAUUUUAAGAUGGAAUGGACAAAAUAAUUGUAUUUGCGCUGUAUUUCAAUCAUCGCAGAAGAAAGAAGUGAAAAGGUGGAAAACAAAACUUAAAUCAUGGGUUUAAGCAGAUUUCCUCUCGAUGGUUUGCAUAAACUUCUAACAGUCUUUAUUAAAUUUCCAUUUGUAUAAGCAAUUCGCAUAUUCUCAAGCAUUUACGAUAUUCACAGUGCUUAUUUUCAUCGUCUUCCUCUCAUUAUAUAAAUAAAAGUAACAAUAUAAUUUUUAUCAUCACUAUACAGUUUCGCAUAUAUAAUUGGCAGAAUGUAACGAUUCAAUAAUUCAAUGAAGAUAUUCGUACCUAAA